UACCAAGAGCUGAUCGGCUGUGAAUUUAUUCACCAAGUGUGGUAAUCUAAAUGGAGUGAAUCGGUGAUUGACGAUCAAAGAGAUAGUAACAUCUAAAAAAUAAUAAAAUGGAUAUUAUGUCGUGUUCUGGAAAUAAUGAUAGUAGUACAUCAUCCCAGGAUAAUAAUAAAAAUGAAUCUUCUAACAAGCAGGUGUUAUUUCUUGCUUUUUGGUCCCGCAUGCUGUCUGCACGGUAUCAGUACUCUGCCUGAAUUGUAACGCACUACCAUCACGAUUAGCUCAUCUUUAGCGAUAUUGAACUUUAUUUAAAAUACAUAAAUGGCUGCCUACAUCAAUCGAACAGUCUCAAUGAUUGGAGGAGACAGCCAGCUUCGUGUUAAUGAUAUCAGAACUGAUAAUUCUCCUCUUCAGAUUUUCGUCAAAGCUAAGAAAAAAAUUAAUGACAUAUUUGGGGAAAUAGAAGUUUAUGUUAAGGAGACUGUGGAUUUUAUGCAAACACUUCAAAAUGAUCGUAAUGUCAUUAAUGCAGAAGAGGUUGACAAUAUUCAGAGUUACAUCGACAGAGUACAUGGAAUACGAGAUGUUCUUAAGCGAGAUCACAUGAAAGUAGCAUUUUUUGGACGAACAAGUAAUGGAAAAAGUACUGUAAUAAAUGCGAUGUUAAGGGAUAAAAUUUUGCCAAGUGGUAUAGGACAUACGACCAACUGUUUCCUCCAAGUAGAAGGCUCUGAAAAUGGCGAGUCAUAUUUAAUGACCGAAGGUUCCAAUAAAAAACAAUCCGUCGAGUCAGUUGGUCAGCUAGGCCAUGCACUGUGUAAAGAAAAAUUGUGUGAGAGCAAUCUGGUGCGGAUAUUCUGGCCAAAAGAAAAGUGUCUUCUUCUAAGAGACGACGUUGUAUUUGUCGACAGUCCUGGAGUCGAUGUUACACCGAACCUUGAUGAGUGGAUCGAUAAACAUUGCUUAGAUGCUGAUGUGUUUGUUUUGGUUGCUAACGCCGAAUCGACGUUGAUGGUCACUGAAAAAAAUUUUUUCCACAAAGUUUCGACGAAAUUAUCAAAACCAAACAUUUUUAUUUUGAACAAUCGAUGGGAUGCAUCUGCAUCUGAACCGGAAUUUCUUGACGAACUGGCCAAUGAACAAAAAGAAGUGAGAGCACAACAUCAGGAACGAGCUGUUGAAUUCUUGGCACGCGAACUCAAAGUUUAUUCAUUGAAAGAUGCUGAAGAUCGAAUUUUCUUCAUCUCUGCUAAGGAAACUCUUCAGGCACGUAUGCAGGAACAACUUGGGAACCCUGCUCACAAUGGUGCAAUAGUCCAGCAAGGUUUCCAAAAUCGGUAUUUCGAGUUCCAGGAUUUCGAAAGAAAAUUUGAAGAGUGUAUUUCCAAGUCUGCGGUAAAAACUAAGUUUGAACAACAUUCACAAAGAGGCAAACAUAUCGCGACGGAAAUCCGUCAGACAUUGGAUGAAGUACUGAAUCGCGCUCAAAGAAUUCGUAUCGAACAAUUAGCAGUUCAAAAAGAAGUUAACGAUAAACUUAAUUAUACUGAAGACCAAUUAGGAUUAGUCACGAAAGAGAUGAAGGAAAAAAUUCACAGAGUCGUUGAGGAUGUUGAACAACGUGUAUCAAAAGCUUUGAACGCUGAAAUACGGCGUUUGUUUUCUUUGGUAAAUGACUUUAACGUGCGUUUCCACGCAGAGCCACUUGUUUUGAAUGUUUACAAACGUGAGCUUCAUUCUUACGUCGAGAGUGGAUUGGGUUCUAAUUUAAGGGCUCAACUGAGCUCAGUACUAGCCUCUAAUAUGGAGUCUUCUCAGCGUGAAAUGACUAGUCGAAUGGCUUGUUUACUUCCGGAAAAUAAACAACAAUUAUGUUUGAAUAUUUUGCCUAGAAGAGAACCAUUUGAAGUUUUGUACCGUCUUAAUUGUGAGAAUCUUUGUGCAGAUUUUCAUGAAGAUUUGGAGUUUAGAUUUUCGUGGGGUAUUACUGCAAUGAUUAAUCGCUUUUAUGGAAAGCAAGGAAAUAAAUUAGCUAUUGCUAAUUAUCCUCAAGAUAUUCCACCAUCAAUAACAUCACCAACUGACAGUGUAGACUCAAUAAAAUAUAUAACCAAUCCCAUAAAUUUCUCACCUCGUAAUGACGACUGGUCACUAGCAUCCCGAGUCGCUAUUUCGUCUAUAGUGUCUCAAGGAACGAUGGGAGGGUUAAUAAUUGCUGGAUUUAUGCUAAAAACAGUCGGCUGGAGAUUGAUCGCAGUCACUGGAGCUAUUUACGGAUCUUUGUAUCUUUACGAACGACUUACAUGGACAAACAGAGCCAAGGAGCGUGAAUUUAAGCGCCAAUAUGUAGCUCACGCUACCAAAAAAUUGAGAUUGAUUGUCGACCUCACUUCUGCAAAUUGCAGUCAUCAAGUUCAACAAGAAUUAUCGAGUACGUUCGCUCGAUUGUGCCACUUGGUCGAUGAAUCUAACACAGAAAUGAACUCAGAAUUACAAAAAAUAACAGAAACUUUACGGUCCCUCGAAACAGCAGUAACAAAUGCUAAAGUUUUACGAAACAAAGCGAAUUAUCUCGCCAACGAACUCGAGCUAUUCGACGCAGCUUACAUUAAAUCGUUAAAUUAAUUUAAAAAUAU